AUGGACGAAGCGGCGUUGCGAGCGAUGAUGCCGACGUCGUUUGGCGGGAGGCGAGGAGGUGGAGGCAAGGGAGUGGCGAGUCGUGCGGCUGCACCGGUGGGGACGGCAUCGGGUGGAGCGGCAGGUGCGGGCAGUGAUCUCAGCUCUGCGGUGUUGGGUAAGAGACCCGCGGAGGAUGACGAAGAGGAGGAUGAUGAUGGGUUGACCGCGGAGGAGCGUGCUGCGAACCGGGCGGCUGAGGAGGAAGCGAGGGAGCGACGGGCGAGGGGCAUCGACUCUUCCUCGGAUGACUCUGAUGACUCGGAUGAUGAGGUGGGUCCUCCGCCACCACCACCGUCAGCAGCAGUAGCGGCAGCUGCCUCGAACCCAAUACCUCCAACAUCCAUCCCACCUCUGACGCACACCGCACGCUUCGCCCCCAUUCACACCAAAACGCUCUCCUCCCUCGCCGUCGACCCCUCCGGCUCACGCUUCUGCGUCGGCAGCUACGACUCCACCGUCUCCCUCUACGAUUUCGGCGGCAUGACCUCCACGCUCUCACCCUUCCGUCACUUUCCCCCGACGCACGAGACCUAUCCGAUCCUGGAUCUGGCCUUCUCGCCCUCGGGCGCAACGCACCUGCUGGUGGUGAGCGGGACGUGCGAGGCGCAGAUCUUCACGCGCGACGCCGCCGAGGUCGGCAAGUGCAGGAAGGGCGAUCCGUACCUGAGGGAUAUGCGGCACACCAAGGGACACGUUUCGGCGCUUACGUGUGGGGGUUACGCUGCAGGUGGCGGGUUUUGGACCGGUGGGAGCGAUAGUACGGUGAGGUUGUGGAGUGAGGAGAGGAUGGAGAGGGGACAGGAUGAUUUGAUUGUGGUGAAGAGCAAGACCAGGGGUGGGAGGACGAAGGUCACUGCGAUAGCCGAGGAGGGGGAUGGGAUCUGGGUGAGCGGCGAGGACGGGUUUGUGGGGAUGUGGGAUACCAGGUCGAAUCUCAACGCUAGGCCGAGGUUGGGCGUGGACGAGGCGCAUGAGAGGGAUACAUGGACGAGCUGCAUCAGUCUCAGCGGUCACAAAGUGGUGACGAGGGGAGGCGAUGGAAAGGUCAAGAUGUGGGACGCGAGGCAGUUCAGAAAGCCGGUGGUGGAAAGGGAUGGAUUGUGGGGAGGGAGCAACCACGCGGGGCUGAUAUGGGAUCCCUUCGACUCGAGAACGUUGAUCGCUGGCGUUGCCGAUACCGGAAACAGUGGGAACGAUGACGAUUCUACAGCGUCGCACAAGGAUGGCGGUCAGAUCGUUGUUCUCGACAGUCUCGAUCUCUCCACCGUCUCCACGACCGCUACCCCAUCCACACCGAUCCGUUUCCACUGGAGCGCGCACACAGACCAGCUCUUCACCACGCACCGUUCCGGUCUCCUCACCAUCAGCUACUCCCCCACGCGCUCUACCAAAGGCAUCACCCUCGCGCUCCCGCGCCACGCCUCCUCCACAUCCUCCCUCUACACCUCCUCCGACCCCGCCUCCGAAUCUUCGUAUCCGAUCUCCGACCCCACCUCCUUUACGCAAAGCGAGUCGGCCAAACGUCGUCGUCUCGCCAAAGCCCGACUGGAUCCCACCAAAACCCUCCUCCCACAGGGCCCCCUCUCCGGUCGUGGAAAAGGCGGCCGCAUCGGUGCAGGCGAUCAACAGGGAACGGUGCAGAGCUUGUGGAAGGCCCCCGACGAUCUGAACGUGGAUCCGAGGGAGGCGCUAUUGAAGUACGCUGCAGACGGGAAGGGGGAGUUUACAAAGGCUUGGGAGAAGACCCAGCCGAAGACGAUCUAUUCCAACUACGAAGAGGAGCAAGAGCAGGAGGAAGGUUGA